AUGGUAGGUCAUAUCAUGAAUGCUGAGUUACAAAAAUUAUAUCGUGAGUUAGCUGAGAGUCAACAGGUACUAGGUGAGAAUCAACAAAAGACUGAUGCCAGACUUGAGAGAAAUGAGUUGAAGCUCGAGAAGCUUAUGGAAGAGAUGAUUGCUUUUAUGAAGAGGUCUGACAAGCGAGUUGAAGAAGGAUCAUCUACACCACCUCUUCAGAUUCAUACCUUACGGAUCGAAGAUAAACCUCACAGGCAACAACCUAAUCCAAUUGUACACCAGGAUGUUACAAGACAAUUUUCUGACAGAGAUUAUGGCAUUGAAAUUGAGGUUCUAGAGUUCAAUGGUAAAAAGGGGCCCAAAGAAUUUCUUGACUGGUUUACUGAAGUUGAGAGGAUCUUUGCUUAUAAAUUCCUUCUGGAUGAGAAGUGUGGACUCAUCCUCACCAAGUUUAUUAGUCAUAAGAAGGCGUCUUAUCCAUUGUCAUUUGAUUGCUUCUCCUUCUCCGAGGGGAAAAUCAUUAACUUGCAAAUGGGUUCCAGCUUCUUUUCUGGAUUUACUCGGUUGUGCAAAGGCCUUGUGGUUGUACUUGUUGGUGGAUAUGCAAUUGUCCAGAUUCUCCCGCCUGCUGUUACAUACCUGGGCCUUAUUCCUGCAAGGACCAUUCCAUUUGGGUGGAACCUAAUAACAGCUGGUUACAUUGACCAAUCAAUUUUUGGGGUGGUUUUUAGUGCGGUUGGUCUUCUAUUCCUUGGGAAGGUGCUUGAACCCAUAUGGGGUUCGUGGGAGUUCUUGAAGUUUGUUUUUGUGGUCAACUUUUUGACGUAUAUCUGCGUCUUUGUCACAGCUAUUUCCUUGUAUUAUAUAACAAGGCAAGAGCUUUUCCUUUAUACACCUCGUUCUGGCUUCCAUGGUGUCCUCUUAGGGUUCCUUGUUGGUAUCAAGCAAAUUGUACCUGAUCAGGAACUCUCUGCAUUUUCUUUAUUGAAAAUAAAAGCAAAGUGGUUUCCGUCUCUUGUGCUAUUGAUGUCCAUAGCUAUAAGCUUCUUCACAGCAGAGUCAGCUUCAUACCUUCCAACCUUGGUAUUUGGCACAUAUACUAGUUGGAUUUACCUAAGGUAUCUUCAGAGGAAGCCUGAAACCAACCUCAUGGGAGACCCAAGUGAAGAAUUUUCCUUCUCUACAUUCUUCCCUGAAUUUUUGCGACCAAUUAUUGAUCCCAUUGCAUUGGUACUUGAUUGUAUGGUUUGUGGAAGAUCCCGAUCUUCAAAUGAGGCCAAAGGAUACACCGCAGGGGGUACUCCCUUGCCAGGUUCUGAUCCUAUCGAAGCAACCAGGAGAAGAGAAAGAGGAGCUCGCGCACUGGAAGAAAGAUUAGCAACAGAGAGAUUGGCCGCAGGGGGAAGUGCAGACAACUUGCCAAGCAAAGUUGUUGCAGAGAGUGUGUGAAAGUUCUUCAUAUUUAUGCCUCCAGUAAAAUACAAAUGUGCUUCAUGCAAUUGUCCCUCAUGACGUGGGGAAUUUUUGCAUACCUUGGCUUUGGAAUGUGAUUUUAGUCUUGGGUUGUAUAUUGGCUAGACUGACAAGGUGUAUGUUUUAUGUCGUUGUUUCAUCAGUGUUCACCUUCUCUAGAUGCUGUAAAAUCUAAGAAAUACUGAAGAGUGGAACAGUUUGGGGAUUGCUUUCGGCAUUGUUAGAACCAUUUGAAACCAAAUUUAUACUGUAUUCGUUGCCAUCAA